AUGGGCAUGAUCAAGGCGCGGCUGGCGGCGGCCACCCGCGGCCACGCGCUGCUCAAGAAGAAGUCGGACGCGCUCACCGUGCAGUUCCGAGCCAUCCUCAAGCGCAUCGUGGCCGCCAAGGAGGCCGUGGGCGACUCCAUGCGCGGCGCCUCCCUCUCCCUCGCCGAGGCGCUCUACGUCGCCGGCGGCCCCCUCCGGCAUGUCAUCCAGCAGUCCGUCACCGGCCCCGCCCGCCUCCGCGUGCGCGCCCACCACGACAACAUCGCCGGCGUCCGCCUCCCCUGCUUCGAGCACUUCAUGGACGGCGCCGGCGCGAGGGCGCCGUUGCUCGCCGGGCUCGCGGGCGGCGGGCAGCAGGUGUCAGCCUGCCGUGCGGCGCACGUCCGCGCCAUCGAGCUGCUGGUGGAGCUGGCGUCGCUGCAGACGUCGUUCCUGACGCUGGACGAGGCGAUCAAGACGACCAACCGGCGCGUGAACGCGCUGGAGCACGUAGUGAAGCCGCAGCUGGAGAACACCGUUACCUAUAUCAGGGGCGAGCUUGACGAGCAGGAGAGAGAGGAGUUCUUCCGUCUUAAGAAGAUUCAGGCCGUCAAGCAGCGGGAGCUGGAGCGCCAGAUGGAGUCCGCAAAGCUGUACGCCGGGGAGAAGGUCGCUGGCGAGGUCGCACUCAAGCGCGGCGUCUCCCUCGGCACCGCCGCCACCAUGCUGGACAAUGGAGACGGACAGAGGGACGAAGACAUCAUUUUUGGAUACACCUGA